UGAGAGCGAGAAAGAUAGAAUACGAGAGCGAAAAAGAAAGAAAGAGAAAGAGAGAGCGAGACAGCAAAUUAUAGAAUGAGAAAAAAAGAAGAUAAAAAUUCAUUCGAUGACAAUUUCAUGUCUUUUAGCAUCUUUCAUUUGAAUAAAAAUACUGACAAACAAUCAAAUGAACGAAUGAUUAUGAAAUGUUCAAAUGUUAUUCAACAAGACAAUAAAGAUUCUGAUGACGAUAAUCAAGACACAAAUGAAAUAAUGAUAAAGAAUGAACAAAAUGAUCAUCAACAUAGAAUGUAUGAUCGUAGUGACAUGAUUAUCAAUGGUACAAUAUCUACAAAUAUGAAUGGAAAUGCAUCAAAUUCAAGUGAAGCAAGUGAAUGUGAAAAUCGUCUUUAUUCAUGUAGUGAUUGUGGAAAAAGUUUUCAAACAUCAUCAGGUUUAAAACAACAUAGAAAUAUUCAUUCAAGUGUAAAACCCUGGAAAUGUGAAUAUUGUCCAAAAUCUUAUACACAAUUUUCAAAUUUAUGUCGUCAUAAACGAUCCCAUGCUAAUGAACGUACACAAAUUGAAUGUAAAGAUUGUGGUCAAGCAUUUCAAAGUCAUGUAGCAUUGAAUAAACAUAGAAGUUCUUGUAAAGAACGACAUGUUUCAACAACAAUGGUUGCACCAAAUUUAGCUGCUUUACUUCCAUUUAUUGAUGCUUCAUCAAUAUUAAAUCGAACAAAUAAAACUGAUAUAUCCAUAUCACCAAAUGAACCAAUAGAUUUAACAAAAUCAUUUAAACGUUCAAGACAAUCAUCAAUUGAUCAACCAAUUGAUUAUUCUAUAAUACGUAAAAAAAAUGAUUUUAAUUCUCAACACACAUCACAUGUAUUUGGUAAUGAUAAACAAGAAAAAAAAUUUAAAAAAGAAGAUAUACAUUUUUAUGAACAACAAAUGAAUGCUGUUGCUGAUAAUGAUAAUGAUGAUGAUGAUGAAGAAGAUGAAGAUGAUGAUCAUUUAUUGUCAUUAGGUAAAAAACAAAUGAAAGAUUAUGAUGAUCAUAGACCAUUAACACCAGUAUCAUCUUCAUCAAGUCCUCAAACAAUUUCAUCAUUUGAAAAAAAAACAUUUUUAUCAACAAAUGAUACAACAUUAAUUAGAAGUCGAGAUCGAUAUUCAUGUUCAUAUUGUUCAAAAACAUUUCCACGUAGUGCCAAUCUUACACGACAUCUUCGAACUCAUACAGAUAAGUAUUAUAAUUAA